AUGACUGAUGUCAUAGUGCAAGAGAUGGGGCAGAGAGGAGGGGAGAAACAGGAGGAAGGUUUCCAAGCCAGCCAGAAACGUGCGGGCCAGGUGCCCUCAGCCUUCCGGGAAGAGGGCAUACUCCUUCUGGCCACCAGAGGGCGCCAGAUAAAAGCCCUGGCGUAUCGGGCUGCCAGCUUAAAUGGGAUUUUUGCUGGGGGUGCAGGCCGGUCCGAAGGAGAAGGAAGCUGCUCCAGCACCCGCGGAGCCCCCUUGUUCCUUUGCCCCUCCUGGAUCACCCUCCUGGCCCUACUGCUGAUACUGGGCCUCUUCGGUACCCUGCCAGCAGUAGUUAGCAGGUGGCAGAUGCUGUUCCUUGAGGACAUGAUCUAUGCUGGCUUCCCAAGGUCACCUAACAACGUAACAGACAACCUACCAAUCUCCCAUCCCCGACACUACAGCCCUUCCUACCUCCUCCAGUUCCUCAGAUCAGACCCAGGCAUCUUUGCCUCCCUCUUCACUCUCCAGAUUGGCUCUACCUGCCUCACCUUCAAGCCUGAGCAGGAGCUGGGGCCUGCUCCUCCCACCCCCGGACCAGCGGGAGAGAUGAGAGGGACCCAGGGGCCCCCGCCUCUCCUCCUCCUGCUGCUGCUACUCCUGCUUCUGGGUGAGUCUGGCUCAUGGGCCAGGGAGUUGGCAGGCUGCGGGCAGCCUCGUUUGGCCAGGCGGAUCGUGGGCGGGCGGGACGCCCACGAAGGGGAGUGGCCGUGGCAGGUCAGCCUCACCUACCAGAGGACUCGUCUGUGCGGUGGCUCCCUCAUCUCCCGCCAGUGGGUGCUGACGGCAGCUCACUGCUUCUCCAGGCCGGUGCAGCUGUCGGAGUACCGAGUGCAUCUCGGGGAGUUCCGGCUGGCCCGGCCGUCCCGCCACGUCCUGGUCCUGCCCGUGCUGAGGAUCCUGCUCAAUGCCAACUUCACGGAGGAUGGCGGGCAGGGGGACAUCGCACUGCUGCAGUUACGCAGCCCUGUGCCACUCACCUCCUACAUCCAGCCCGUGUGCCUGCCCGCCCCUGGGGCCCACCUGCCCUCAGGGACUCUCUGCUGGGUCACUGGCUGGGGCAGCCUGUGGCAAGGAGUGCCGCUCCCAGGCCCCAGGCCCUUGCAGGGGGUCCAGGUCCCCCUGCUGGACAGAUGGACCUGUGACCGGCUCUAUCACCUCGGCUCCAACGUCCCUCCGAGUGAACCCAUCGUGCAACCCGGAACCCUGUGUGCUGGCUACCCCCAGGGCACCAAGGACGCCUGCCAGGGCGAUUCUGGGGGCCCCCUGGUCUGCGUGCAGUAUGGACACUGGGUCCUCGUGGGGGUUGUGAGCUGGGGCAAGGGCUGUGCCCUGCCCAACCGCCCAGGCGUCUACACUAGCGUCGCUGACUAUAGACACUGGAUCCAGGCUCACAUGACCCCACCAACCCUGCGGGUCCAGCCCACCUCAGGGGCGGGGAGCCUUGGGGCCGUCUUCCUCUCCAUCCCCUUUUUUCUUCCCCUCUUGCUCCCCAGGCUUUGCCUGGCCCCCUAAAGCAGCAGGCACAAGCUCCAGGACAGACCUGGAGGCUUGGGGUAAAGGGGGAGAACUAGGGCACCUGAACCCCUGGUAUGGGCCAAGGCAGAAAGGGGCUCUGGGAAAAUCCUGGGUCCUUCCAUUCUGAGUCAGAUCAGAAACCUCAUCUUCUCAUAACAUACUGGACUGGAACCUCCAGGGACAAUGUGACCACCGCCCCUGCACCCGGCUCCUGGAAAUGGCCCCUGCCCCUGCCCAAGGACAAACCCAGUCUCUGACCACAGCUGGCCUUUGAGAAGCCCCAGUCUGGUUCCUCAUCCUCGGGCAAAAAGGUCUAAUAAAAAGCUCAAUGCGACUGCCGCACUGCGUUCUUUGUGGUGGUCCCAGCCCAGCUCUGCUCUGGCCCCCACCCCGGCCCCCAAACCAGCCCUUUGAACAAGAGCACUUUGAAUAAGAACCUGAAUGCUGCAGAGUGGAGGGCAAGCAUCCUGCAGCUCAACUUCAGCAAUAAAUGCCUUCUAUGUGUCAUUGUCCAUCUUCAA